AAUUUAAAACAAUAUGGCGGUAAAGUUGAAAAUUUGUGAAUGUAUUGACAUUACAGAUUGAUCUUCACGGUAUGCUCUGCGCGGAUGCAGCCCAGUUGUGUUAUAAUAGUUCCGGUUUUGAGAUAAUUAUCCGUUCAACAUUUCCGGAUAUGAAGAGAUAAGUGGUUAUAAUUAACAGAUGGUAAUCAAAGGACAAACAAGUGACAAUGACAACUUCCAGUAAAACCGACUUAUUUGUGUUUGGCGCCCACGGACAGAAGCCUUUACAUGAACAUGUUACUCCUCACAAGGUGGCGCUACUAGCUCUGAUAUACGAGUACUGUGAAAUGAAGAAACGAGACACAACAGAGCCGAUGAUUGGGAUUGGCCAUCAGGUUCCAGGAUACAUGUAUCAGAAAUUCACAGAAACUGAGAAACGGGACUUCAUGACCACAAUUUUGAAAUUAUUACAGAGCCCAGACUUGUCCUUAAAGGAGCUUCUGGAUCAAGUACAGUCUAUCCUACAGCCAACUUUGCUGGAUAAUUUUACAGACAGAUUGAGAGAAUUCUACAUGGAAGGUGUAUUACCAUUUAUGGACUUUUUUCAAGAGUUACAGAGAAUUCUACAACCUAAUGAGACAGUACCUGAUCCUGUCAUUGUAGGCAGUAGUGUACUCGGUUUAUUCCUUCGAAGGAUGAUUCAUGCCUUUGACAAGUUGUCGUUCAGCCAGGUGACAAAGCUAUAUACACGAUACAAGGACUACUACGAGGCCUUUAACACUCCCCUGGCUGCUGAGGAGAGUGAUAAUUUCGGAGGUUCCCUCAUCGACUCCAUCACCAGCCAAUGUGGUCUGGGCAAACUCACAAGGAGUGGACUGGCCAAAUCAUUUGACCCCAAUAACCUUGGGGAAGGAAAAUUUGGAGAAUUCGAAGGAGGAUUUUACUCUCACAAACAAGCUGAAUAUUUUAUUUCCAGACAGGGGUUCUUGCUACAACACAAUGAGAGUGAGGCAUUGGCUCCAACCAAGCUGCAGGAGAAGAUCACAGACAUGUUAAAAUCUAACCCAGACAUUGCCGAGGCGCACUUCCUGAGUUAUCUGAACAACCUACGGGUGCGUGAGUACUGUACAGCCGUACACAACCUGUACCAUUACUUCGACCGUAACAAUACUCUGUCAGGGGGAAACGCCAUGCAGGUCAGCAGUAAGAACCGUGAAGAGGACAACAUCAGCCGGAGAUAUGCUGCUCUCAACCUCGCUGCUCUACAUUUUCGCUUCGGUCACAGAGAUGAGUCUCUAGCAGCACUACGAGAGGCUAUCAGUAUGGCCCAGGAAACCAACGACCAUGUCUGUCUACAGCAUGCAUUGAGCUGGCAGCACAGGAUAGAGGAACCAGGUUCUGCUAGGACAGCUAGUCUGAUGGCUCAGUCUAUAGGCAAAAGUCUUGACCUCACUCUCCCAAAUAUCACAUCCCUUGGAAUCCAGGCACUUGCCCGCCACAAUGCUUUUGCCACUGCCAAGCCUGCAAGUGUGUUUGACUUCCUGCUGAAGAGCGACAUCUUGAACUGCCAACAUUCCCAGUCCCACUUCAUGUGUGUGAGCUAUGCCCAGAAAGGGGCACUAUGGAACAUGUACGGCAAAAGAGAGAACUCCUCCAUGUCUAGUCAGCUGGUUCUGAACCUAGACACAUCAGACAGUGGUAUUUACCACAAUGGCGAGUCAGUGUGUAUCUCGCUGUGUGAUAUAGCCAAACACUUCACAGACCAGGGCCUCUUCACUGCCGCUCUUGAUUUCAUUGGCACUGCCAAACAGAGGUUCCCUGUUCACACACAGAAUGCUCAUAUAUGGAUGUCAUGUGAACAGGAAAUCCUGUUUGAAAAAAACCUGCUUAAUAACAAUUGGGCAGCAGCUGAACAGGCCGUCAACAACCUCCGGGGACUGGAUGAUGAUGAGGCCUGUCUUAGAAGUGCUAUACUGAACAAAGAGAAGGGAGACAUACCCACAGCCCUGACCUCCUUACACAACUUGAUGGAAAAGUACCGACAAAACCAGUCUAAAUACACCCCGGACUAUCCAUGCAGAGUGCUACUGACGUUGGCCGAGCUGUACAUACAGACUGGGAACCACACAUCAGCCCUGUCUCACGUGCUUGACUGUCUCACUCAGGCCAAGGAGCACCAUCUCCAAUACAUCAUUGCCAUAGCUACUGUACAUCUUGCCUUCAUCCAGUUUCAGAUGAAGCUGCCAGAGCAGGCCCUCAAGUUGUUACACACACAGAUGGUUCAGAUCUUGUCCCAUGGUAGCGUGUACGACCAGGCUCGCACUAUGUACUGCUACGCCCGCUGUCAGGUGGCUUCCAAUGCAAACAGUCCCCCAAAAGAACGUAAGACCGCACUAUUGCUAGCUGUCAACAUGAUCGCCAUGGUGAUAGAGAAGUUCCAAAAAAUCGAAGCUUCAUCAAGAGUGAAAGACGCAACAUACUACUUAGCAAGAUUAUACAAUGAACUGGGUUACACAUCAGAGCGGAAUAAGUGUGCCUAUCAGUUCCGACAAUUAGACCUACAAUACCCUACACAAAACCGAGUGAUGGUGAAUGCCUUAUGAUAGGAAAUUACAUGAAUUGGUAGAAUGCUUUUACUCCACGAACAUCUGUGUAUUGGAAGGAUUGUCAUGACAGCAUAGACGAACAUCUUAAACAGAAAUCCCGGGAAUUUACACGACGUCCCGUGUAUAGAAAAUUUUGCAUUACAAGAAUUGCCAACACUUUCCGGGAGACCUAUUCUUGAUAUUCAUCUUUAGCUCCUAAUGAAGUUUGGCAUUUGUUUCAUGUGAAAAGCAUAAAUAAGAAAUAAAACAGGUAAUUAUCUGUGAUUUUUUUUAUUUCUCAUGAUUUCAUAAUAGUUCUGACAAUUUUUUUUUAUAUGUAUUUCAGAUAAAUGUUUUACAAUGUAUCAGGAUCAUUAUAUCACUCUCACAUUCAUUAGGGCACCACACAGUAAAGAAAAUUUAACAUGUACAAUUGUACUAGAUUACUCCACCAAAUUGUAGGUACCUGUUAAUACAUUAGGAAUCUCAAUAAUUAUACCAAAAUGUUAACCUGUAGGUUGGCCUAUGACCCACCUUUUUUUUUGCAGGCCCAACAGCUGGCUAGGAAGUUUGGGGGCAUGCCCCCUUAAUCCACCACAGCCAAUUUUUCAAGUAUUCCAGAAGCUUACUGAUUGGUCGAGUAAUAUAGUACCCUAGUUGCCCAAUAUCCAUUCAUUCAAGAAAUGCUACCUUGUAGUCGAACAAUCUUAUUUUCACAUGCAUUCCAGUUAUCCACACAUGUACAUCACAAUAAAGUUCUAUUUUGUAACAUCAAUAUAUGGCAGACAAUGUAAAAUCAAGCCACUCACUUUACUCAGGGAAGGCUUUGCAAAAAAACAACAAUAACACAGUAGAUUGCCCUGUAAGUUUGAAAUAUUCAUAAACAAAUCGCCGCAGAUGCGACUAGGAUCAGAAUAUGUGAAAAGUUAUUGCUACAUAAUGUACUAAAAAUAUGUUUCAGAGUGGGCACUGUUGAAUCAAUGACUGCAAAUUAUGAAACAAAAUGUAUGAAUAUUUUCUAUCUUACAGUAACAAAAUCUAUUGUAUGGUAACAACAGUGGUUUAUAAACAACAACAAAAGAAUAAAUAAAAGGGUCAAAAUGUAUAAUAUG